AUGUCCGCCGCCCCGGGUGCCGUCGACGAAGCGGCGUGGCAGCCGAAAGCGAUCGUCUUCGACCUGCUGACGGCGCUGCUGGACUCGUGGACGCUGUGGACGGCGUCGACGCCGUCGGGGAGCGCGGCCGAGGGCCGGCGGUGGCGCGAGCGGUACCUGGCGGUGACGUUCGGCGCGGGCGCGUACGUGCCGUACGAGGCGUUGGUGGCGCAGGCAGCGCGCGACGUGGGGCUGGCGCCGGCGGCACCGGCGGCGCUCCUGCGCGGCUGGGAGGAGGGCGGCCUGCGCGCGUGGCCCGAGGCCGGCGCGGUGCUGCGCGCGCUGCGCGCCCGCCGCCCCUCGUGCCGCCUCGCCGUCGCGACCAACUGCUCGAUGCGGCUGGGGCGCGCCGCCGCCGCGGCCGCCGCGCCCCCGGCCUUCGCCUUCGACGCCGUCCUCACCGCCGAGCAGAGCGGCUUCUACAAGCCCGCCCGCCCCGCGUACGCCGCCGUCCUCGCCGCGCUGGGCGUCGAGCCCGCCGACGCGCUGUUCGUCGCGGGCAGCCCCGGCGACGUCCAGGGCGCCGCCGACGCCGGCAUGCGCGUCGUCUGGCACAACAGGAUCGGCCUGCCUAUGGUGGGCGACGCCGUCCCGCUCCGCGAGGGCAAGACGUUGGAUGAGGCUUUGCAGGACUUCUUGUGA